AUGUUUCGGCCUCCCUUGUCUACGAAUGCAUUGGGUAAACGCCCAGCAACAACGGCUGUUGUUCAUCCAAACGCAAAGAGAACUGCUAUUGAAAAUCAUCAAAUGUUCAACAAUGGCGUUGGUGCGUCAAGAGCUCCCAAUGCCAAACGUGACGAGUUUGAUGACGAGUUUGGUGCUAUCGACAAGGAUGACUUGGAGGUUUUCGAAACAAUCAUGUCACAACAUGAUCCUGCUUAUCCAAAUCCAAAUGCUGCUGCUGUAGUUCCCAAUGCAGCUCCUCCUCAUCGUCCACCACCACAACCACAACGACAACAAGUGCCAACAGUAACAGCAUCGGUGUCCCAAGUUCAAGUGGUAACUGCCACUGGUAGUAACUCUAACCGAGCUAUGGGUUUGACCAGACAGACUUUUACUCACAUGCAUAGUAGUAAUCUCAGCAAUAACGACAACAAUAAUAAUAAUUAUCAGAACUCCCAGCAGUAUCACCACAACCUGAAUCAGCAUCAGCCAGUGCAACAACAGCGACAGCUGCAGCAGCCGUAUCUUCAGAACAAUAACAACCUGAAUCAUCAUCAGCCAGCGCAGCAACAGCAACAACCGCAGCAGUAUGUGCUAAACAGCAACCUGAAUCAUCUUCAGCCAGUGCAACAACAGCAACAGCCGCAACAGCAUGUGCAGAACAACCAUAACAACCAGUGGCAACAAACCAAAAAACCAUCUGAACCAGGUGGUCUUGCAGGUGGUGUUGGUACAACAGAGAAUGAAGCAUUUGAAGACGAUGUCUUGGCUAUGGCUCACCGUGCUCAAGAUGUUAAUCUAUUGACCAGACAAAUGGACGAAUACAAGGCCGAGAUUACAAAACUCCGUCAACAAAACGCGGAACUCAACAACAAGAAUCGGCAGCUCGAUCUAGAGAUUCUUACCAAGAUUGGAGAGGCAUCUAUGGUUCGAGGCAAUUUAACAAGGUUUGAACAAGACAACAAGAACCUCCGUGACCAGCUACGAGAUCAUCAGGUUAAAUCCAUAAAGGAACAUGAUGCUAUGAAAAAGGACUUGGAGAAACAAGAGCACGAAAUUCAAGCUCGUGAAUAUCAAAAGAGUACUGCUACAUUCAAAUCACCACGGAAAGCUGAACCUCAAGAUGGAGGAUUCCCAACGAUGGCUUCAUUCACGUUUAGUCCUAAAAAAGCACGAAUGGAACGUCCUGUAACCGCAAGUAUUGCUACCAUGACUGAUGUCACGCCAGUCACCGAACAAGGAGGACGGACAGAGAAUCCUUUACUAGAGCCUGUAACUUCAUCAUCAAUUACAGUACCCAUACCAACUUGGAAUCGAUCUGCUAUGAUUCAUGUGUCGUUUGAGCAUGAAAACAUCUUGUUUCUUCGGCAACUUCUGACAGGCCCCACUGAUAAUGAAGACGGAGGAUUGUUUCGGGAAGGCAUCUUGCAGAGGAUGUCUUUAUCUAACACUAUCGACGUAGAAUUCUCAAAAACGUAUUCAUCAAGAGCGUCAAAGCUUUUGAACGAUAUUGGACGAUUGGCUAAUGAUAUGACUCUAUCACUAACCAUAUUGCUUUCGUCAUUGGAUUGGAUACUGAGAGAAUUGUUGCAGCAUAAACUGUAUACUCCACUGUCUUGUUUGUCCUUCAUGACAAGAGUCGUUGUUCUAGUUAGCCAGGAUUGUCGGAACUCGAUAGCUCAGCUUUCUUGUGGAAUUUUAGAUAGCCUAUUACAGAUAUGGAAUCUCAUCUCUCCUGUAGCAUUGGGAGGAUCAGAAGCCACUGAUAUGGAUUACGAGUUUCUUGGAGCUAAUACAUUAGACUGCUUGAAAGUGUUAAGUUAUGAGCCGUCUCCUCAAGUGCUAGCGAGCAUUCGAGAGCAGAUAUCUCCAAAGACGGUGCAAAUGUGUCUGGAUGUCAAACAGCCAGGUCCAAUACUCAUUCGGACCAUUGAGCUGUGUACACUGCUAGCUGAAGAUCGAGAAACAUUCGAUGUAAUGUUUCAAGAUACAGUCUAUGGAGCAUCUGCAAGGAGGCGGUCUGUGCUGGAUCGAGUUUGUGCGCUGUUGGCGUUUUCACCACAGGAGCUUGAUAUCGAUGAGGUCGAGUCGUGUCUUUUGUAUGGUGCCAUAAUACAUCAGCUGUCAUUGGUGUCUUUACGUUAUUCUCACAUACCCCUUCGUAUUGUGGGGUAUCAUCAAAAUCUCAGCCGUCUAGCAUCCUUCUUCUCCAGCCAACUUGACCAAGUCCUCUGCAUAGUCUCAUUUGCAGACAUUUCUCUCCUCCCACCAACAACACCCGCCAGACUCCACCUCAUCAAAACCACCGUAAACCUCCUCUUCAUCCUGCUCGGCACACGUCGAAACUUGAACGAUAUCCCCGUAGAUACAUAUCAAGUGCUUGUCUCCAGUAUGGCGAAACUGUUUUCUGGAGGACCUGACAUACCAAUGUUUGAGGAUAUUGUGGAUUACGCCAAGGAUAUUCUAGAUUUCGUGCUUUCGAAUCAUGCUCCUGCUGGUUUGGUGACGAGUGUUGAGUAG